UCCCGUUGAAUCCUCCACGGCGCUUGCGGAAUCUGCAUAAACCCUAGUCGAAGAAAUCGACAAGAUCAUCGUGUUGAUUUCUCCACUACAUCCGUUUUCUUCGUUGAAUCUGUGUCCUCGGAGAAUUUCUCUUUCGAAUUCCUGACGAGAAAAGGCGGCGGCGGCGGCGGCGGCGAUGGCAGCGGACAAGCGGUGCCACUACGAGGUCCUCGGCCUGUCGCGCGACUGCACUGCCGAUGAAAUCCGCGCCGCCUACAGGAAGCUCGCCCUCCAACGCCAUCCGGACAAGCUCGUCCAGUCUGGCUUGUCCCAGGAGGAAGCCACCGCUCAGUUCCAAGAGCUCGCUCACGCCUACGAGGUCCUCUCCGAUCCCAAGGAGCGCGCCUGGUACGAUUCCCACCGCUCGCAAAUCUUGUUCUCCGAUCGCAGUAGCUCGGCGUCGAAUUCGCCUGUCCCGAAUCUGUUCUCGUAUUUCUCGAAUACCGUGUUCUCUGGGUAUUCCGAUUCGGGGAAGGGAUUUUAUAAGGUGUAUGCGGAUGUGUUUGAAAAGAUUUACGCCAAUGAGAUCAGUUACGCGAGGAAGAUGGGGUUGGGGCUCGAUUCGGUGAGGGAAGCGCCGCUAAUGGGCAAUCUGGAGAGUCCGUACACGCAGGUGACGGCGUUUUAUAAUUACUGGUUAGGUUUUUGCACGGUGAUGGAUUUCAUGUGGGUGGACAUGUAUGAUGCUGCGGCAGGCGUGAACAGGAAGUCGAGGAGAGUGAUGGAGGAGGAGAACAAGAAGCUCAGGAAGAAGGCGAAGAGGGAAUUUAAUGAGACUGUGAGGGGUUUGGCAGAGUUUGUGAAGAAGAGGGAUAAGAGAGUGGUUGAUAUGACGGUGAAGAGGAAUAUGGAGAAUGAGAAGAGGAGGGAGGAGGAGAGGGAGAGGAAGAAGCGGUUGGAGAGGGAGAGGAUGGAGAGGGCAAAGGCGUACGAGGAGCCAGAGUGGGCGAGGGUUGAGGAGGAAGCAGGCGAAGAAGGAGGGUCUUUAGGGGAAGAGGAAGAUGGAGAGAGGAGUCAGGAGAAAGAGCUUUAUUGCGUCGCGUGCGGGAAAAAGUUUAAGAGCGAGAAGCAGUGGGAGAAUCACGAGAAGUCAAAAAAGCAUAAGGAGAAGGUCGCCGCAUUGAAGGAGUCAUUUGUUGAGGAUGAUGGUGAUGAUGAGGAGGAGAACGAGGAUGCUGAGGCGAUACGAGUUGAGGACGAUGGUGUGUUGGAGAUAGGAGAGAGGAUGAGGGAUGAUUUGAAAAUUAAGGAGGAACAAAAAGAUCAGAUUCAGGAUGCAGGUGAGAUGAGUGAGGAAGAGAGGUUCUUCGAUGUUGAUGAAAGCAACAAGGAAGAAGGGACUAAGGAGAUGGAAGGACCUUCUCACAAUGAUGACGACGACGACGAACUCGAUGAAAUGAGUCUUCUUGAGGCAAUGUUGUCCGGGCGCAAGAAUAGAAGGAAAAUGGCUGCAAUGCAGGAAGAGCUUAGAGCGUCUUCCAAAGUCGAUGCCCAAAAUGGUGAAGAAGAAUUCAUGGAGUAUGAUAACAGGAAAAGCACCAGAAGGAAUCGUGGGGCUAAGAACGAGAGGUUCAGAAAGAACAAUGGAGAAGAUGCAGAUACUAAUAGCAAAGCUAAUGAUCAGAGUGAUAGAACAAAUACCAAUAGCAAAGCUAAUGAUCAGAAUGAUAGAACAAACGGAGAUGAUGGUACGGUCGUGGAUGGCUCGGCUUGCGAGUUUCCUCACAAAAAAGAUGAAAGCGAAGCUAUGGGAGGCAAUGGAAUGGCGAAAACUCAAACUCUAAACCAACCUUCCGAUAGAAAGAGGAUGGGAAAGAAAGAUCUGAUCGCUAAAUCAAGUAAUGCACCUAAAGGGAGGAAAGCCAAGGCAUCAGCGAAGAAUUCUGACAAUUUUUGUGAGACCUGUGGGAAGGAAUUUGAGUCCAGGAACAAAUUGCACAAGCAUUUGGGAGAGACAGGCCACGCUUCGCUGAAAUUCCGAAGAUGAAAUACUCGAUUCAGUUUUGCUUCAUUGAACCAUUCCUGAAGCUAGUGACAAUGCCUUUGCAGGCCUCCAUUUGUACCCAUUUUGUUGUUUCUUUACAUAGGUUUAAUUUAAAAGGGCAGAAAAUACUUGAAGAAGGCACAGGAUCCUGAUUUUUAUGCCGACUUUAGGCUUAGACAUCAUUUCAAGUGCAUGUGGGGCUUGCUAUUUGAAGUCCCCGUCCUAAUUUAUGAUAUGCUCCGAAGGAGCAAAGCAUGUACAAUUUCAUUUUGCUGGUGUGCGUAAACAUUAUGGUCAGUGUCAGUCUCUGACUAUGACUUCGAUGGUACCACGAUCCUUUCUCUGAGGUGAAAUAAAAGCUAUACACAUCGCACUUAUGGUUGACACUGAUCUAA